UGGACCAAUGUAAAGUAUACCAUUAGCAUUAAGAUUCCGAGGGUUCCUGAUCACAGCAAGUCCCAUGGAGAUUAUGUUUACGUUGAAGUUACCGAGUCGAGAAAUUGUCUCGUCAGAACUUCUUUCCUAAGCCCGUACCCAUCACGUGAGAUCUCCGACCAUGUCUACGAUGAGCUGAAGAAGGUUUUAAUCCUCGCUGGAGCAUUCUUCUUCAUCACAAUUGUUUGCGUGAUGUCAAAACUGCAGAACUCCUUUUGGGAGCAAAAUAUUCGCUUCGACCUACAAAACUACUCAAGGCCUGCUCCUCCGGACACUAAAGUUUCGGACACAACACGGACGACAACACCCAGUUCAGCUAAUCCAACG